CAAAUUCACUAUUGAGUCAAACCCACAACCACUCACUUCUGUAGCGCCGCCUCUCUCUCUUCCCAAUCCCCAAUGGAACCUGUCCCCUUCAAGUCCCCAACGCCGGACACCCUCUUCCGCCUCCUCUGUCCGGCAUCCAAGACCGGUGCACUCAUCGGAAAAGGCGGUUCAGUCAUCCGCCAUAUCCGCGACACAACCGGUGCCAGAAUUCGUAUCGACGACACCCAUUCCUCCUCCUCCGACGAACGAGUUAUACUCAUCACCUCCGACUCCACUCCGCCCAGGUCGAAAUUUGAUCACUUGGAUAACAACAACAAGCGGAGUAAUAGCUCUAGCCCUAGCGAUGGAGAAAGCUCGCCCUCGGCGGCUCAGUUGGCGCUUUUAAAGGUGUUGGAGAAGAUGGUUAUGGCGGAGGAGAAUGAGAAUGAGAAGGAGAAUGAUAGUGGGGAUGGGUUUGUGGCGUGUAGAUUGUUGGCUGCUGGUAGUCAGGUUGGGUGUGUGCUUGGACGUGGUGGGAAGAUUGUCGAGAAGAUAAGGCAGGAGAGUGGUGCUCAGGUUAGAGUUUUGCCUAAAGAUCAGAUUCCGGCUUGUGCUUCACCUGGAGAUGAGUUAAUUCAAAUAACAGGGAACAUUUCAGCUGUAAAGAAAGCACUUCUAUCUGUUUCAGGUUGUCUUCAGGAUAAGCCUAGGGAGAAUGCAACCAACUAUGGUGGCAGUAAAGUUUCAGGGAGAAUGCAUCAUGGAAAUGGGCCUGAAAAUAUGGGGUCGGGUCAUAAUAGAAUGUUUAUAGAAGAGGAGGUGGUGUUUAAGCUGUUAUGCCAAGUUGAUAAGGUUGGUAGUUUGAUAGGGAAAGGUGGCUCUGUAAUUCGACAUUUGCAAAAUGAUACUGGCGCAUACAUCAAGAUAGCUGAUGCUCCACCUGAUUCAGAUGAGCGAGUUGUUAUGAUAUCUGCACGGGAGAAUUCAGAGCAAAAACAUUCCCCUUCACAGGACGCUGUUAUUCGUGUGCAUUCUCGAAUUGCAGAGAUUGGAUUUGAACCCGGUGCUGCAGUAGUUGCUAGGCUUCUUGUACAUUCGCAACAGAUAGGUUGUUUAUUGGGUAAAGGAGGUUUCAUUAUUUCUGAAAUGAGAAGAGCUACUGGUGCUAGCAUUCGCAUAUUUACAAAGGACCAAGUCCCGAAAUGUGCCUCACACAAUGAUGAAGUUGUGCAGGUUAUUGGAAGCUUUCAGUGUGUACAGGAUGCCUUAUUUCACAUUACAAGUAGACUACGGGAAACAAUUAUUCCUUUGAAGCCACCGCAUCCAAAUUUUGAUGGCCCACCAUACAUGCCUCCAUACCCUGAAAUGCCACCUCCAAUGUUCAGGCCUAGACAUAACCCAGCUUCCCCAGGUCCAUGUCCUUCUCCUGUUGGGCCUCCUCAUGGAAUUGAUCGGUCUUCUGUUCCAUCCCAACCACAUGAUCACCAGCAUGGAUUUUUACAUGGCAUGGACCACAAUGCUCCAUCUCCAAUGGACAGAGCUCCCUAUCAUUAUGGAAGUGAACGCCAUGGACAAGGUCGACCAUUUGAUAGACCAUCUUCUCCAAGAAUGUGGAAUUCUCAGGGUGUUAACUGUGGAAAUCCUAGGGGAAUUGAUAAUAGUCCAAGCUUCCAUGCAAGAAAUGGUUCCUUGGGAAGUGAAAAUCAAGCACAGCAUUUAGCUCCCGCAACUGUUGAGAUCACAAUCCCUCAAAAGUUGUUAACCCAUGUUUAUGGAGAUAACAACAGUAAUAUAACACAGAUCCGCCAGAUCUCAGGUGCUCAGGUGGUGGUAAACGAUAUGAAACCUGGAGCCACGGAAGGGCUGGUUUCAGUUUCGGGUACUCCUAAUCAAAUAUCUAGUGCUCAAUGCCUUAUUCAUGCUUUCAUCCUUUGUGGGCAGACACCAGGUUGACUAUCUAUCUUGUUCACUAACUACUCAUAUGCUUAAAUCAGAAGAAAGAAAGAAAGAAAGACACAAAACAUAGUAACUUCUCAUGUAAAUAUAGAAAUUCUUUUCUUGCAAAGUGUAGAGAUGACAUCGAGCUUUUCGCUUGUAAUUUAGUAUCUAUUUUUUGUUCUUGAUUUAUAUAGUUGUUAGUAAAAUCUAGUGCUUUACAUUUACUGGAAUUCCCGAAUAAUGCACAACGCAGACCUAGGCGGUAAUAAACUGGAUAUGAUAUAAAUAUUCUUUGCUGCAUUGCAUACUGAAA